UACGGAGUAUUACUAUUACAUAUCUCUGCUCGUUAGAUCACUCAUUGUUCGAAUCCACCGGCUCCCGCGGAAAUCUGUCCGGCCGAAUGUUGACCCUCAAUCACCCCCCCCCCAAGAGGAUCUCAAACCAGAUGGAAUGCCUCCUGUUUCUUUUCCGUGGACUUAGUACCAGAUCCCGGCCGUUGCUGGUCACCCCGUUGAGCUAAUCCAAAAGCCGGCAGUUUUGAGGGUUCAUCUGUCAUCUGGUUUUUGAGCGAUUGAUUUUCCCGUAGCUAACCCUGGUCUUCCCCAGAUGUGUGUCUGGCUCCUCUCAUCUGCCUUCUGCAUGCUCUGUAUCGGUCCGAAUCUAUACUCGUCUCGAUUCUCGAUAUCGUCUCAUGUCUGAUCUGGCACCUCGAGACUAUUGAACCACAUAAGCGCAUAUCAUGGCGACUGUCACUGAGGUGCUGACAGAGCCUUUCACCGCUCAAGGGGUCGCCCUCAAGUCGGGUCCGAUCAAGGUCCACCAAGAGGAGCUGCCUGCCGUGGAACUUCCAGACAUUCCUCUGCCGCCCCCUUCAAAAGCACCAACCGAAAUUCUCAAUAUAGACAAACCAACUCCCGAUUAUCAUGUACCCCGCGACCCUCGCCUUAUCAGACUGACGGGUGUUCAUCCCUUCAAUGUCGAGCCUCCACUUACGGCUCUGUACGAUGAAGGUACUCAACCUCUUUCCCUGCUGCCCUAUCCCCUUUGAACUCUGCGCAAGGGCCCUUGUAGUCGUGGCGAUGCUCACCGGAAACUAGGCUUCUUGACUUCCCCGGAACUAUUCUAUGUGAGAAAUCACGGCCCGGUACCUUUGGUGAAGGAUGA